AUGGUACAGUUUGGUGCCGCUGGCUCAGGCUGGAGGUCGACUGUUGGCGAUUCGAUAUUUCGGGGCGGAGGUGAGUGGUAUUCGGGAGGAAGGGCUCGAACCCCACAUCCGAAGGCGAUAAACACCACGGGUCUCGACACGUUGCAGCAAGGUGUAAAGAAGAUGGCCAACUGCUUCUGGUUCGUGCUCUGGCUUGACACUGAAUGUGUUCUUCAAGCAGGGGAUCGGAACUGUGAACUUGGACGAAGAGCUAGUCUGCUAGCAAAACUAAAACGCCAGCCCCUUUCCAUCUUUCUGAUAGUCAAUAGAUGA